AUGCACUUGCAAUUGUCGAGGUUGAUCUUGUCUUUGGCUGCUUUAUCAUUCGUUGCUGCUUAUACUGAGAGAUACAAAGUUCUUCGCACCGUGUUAGAAUAUGAAUACAGACCAAAGUAUCGGUUUUCCCAUGUGAAGUAUCUUGACUUUUUUGGAAGAGGGAUAAUUGAUGACUGGGAUAGUAUAGUGAUUACCUAUAUAGACGAAGAGUAUAGGGAUUUUAUGAAGAAAGAGAUGGAGAGUGAAACGGCACCUUUCAAUAUGAUGAAGUAUCUCUUACUGAGAGAGUUGAAAGUGGGUGAUACUUUAGGCAAAGGUGUGGGGGAAGUUGAAGAAUAUCGGAAGAAAAUGAUAGAAAGUAGGCUAGACGAUCCUUCUGAUACACUUGGUAGGGUUAGGAUCCUAGUAAAAUUUAGAGAGAUGGCACUAAAUCAACUUUUAAAAGGGUUGCAUGAAGCUGUCCAGCCUAUAAGAAAUGUAAUUCUAUGGGGAAUGGCAAUAAGUCGAAAUGCAGGUAUAAUUUACAAAGGAGCAACAUAUACCAUCUCGCUAAAUGGAAGUGCCUGGCGAGUCGCUACAUUACCUACGGCAUAUGGCAAAGACUAUGAUACAAUUACAGCACUUAACUUGAAUGAGAGUAUUGGUUUCUGUAUAGAUAGUGAGUGGGAGAAGUUAAGAAGGGAAAACUCUCAAACAAUUGGUUGGAAGUGUGCAACUGAUCACAAUGAUAAUUGGCAACCUGCAAUAUAUUUUCUGUUAGAAGAAGAAACACUUCUUGUGUGGAAUUAUAUUGCAAGCAGGAUUUUUUAUGAUUAA